UCGGCACCACAGCAAAUACAGGAAGAGCAUUCGGUCAUUUCAAAUUGUGUCGACUACAUGCUCUUAACAGCCUGUUGUCAGUAACCUAAUAUUAGCUAAUUUCACAGUGAACGUACUGGUGAAAUUAGGACUUUCGAAAUGGGAGUAUAGUGGUUGUAAGACCAGCUCCAGAGUACCUUAGCCGAGCUGAGCUGCUGAACUGCAACAGUUAAGAGUAGAUUUGGAUGUUAAGUUUAGCUAAGUUGAGGUUUUAUAAAUAAAGGUUUGCUUCCACGUCCUGACAUGGAGUCAUUUGGAGCCAUUGGCACAGUUCUUGGAUGCGGUGCGGGCAUUGUGGUGGGUGGGCUUGUGUUUGCAGCCUACAAACUUGGCUUACUCUACCAGUUGUUUCACAAGACUGAGACGAAGAGCCCACGUCAUGGUGGCGAGAGCGUGGCAGAGGUGCUCCGCGCCCAUGGGGUCAAGUAUGUUUUCACCCUUGUCGGUGGACACAUCUCGCCUAUCCUGGUGGCUUGCGAGAAGUUGGGCAUCCGCAUUGUGGACACCAGACAUGAGGCCACUGCUGUCUUCGCUGCUGAUGCUGUGGCGAGACUCUCAGGCACUGUUGGCAUUGCAGUAGUGACUGCCGGCCCAGGCCUCACUAACACAGUGACAGCAGUAAAGAAUGCUCAGAUGGCUGAAUCUCCAUUGCUGCUCAUGGGAGGAGCUGCUGGUACACUACUUCAGGGCAGAGGAGCGCUCCAAGAUAUCGACCAAAUAUCUCUCUUCAAGCCACUGUGUAAGUUCUGUGCCUCCAUCAGGACUAUCAGAGAGAUUGUGCCUACUGUCAGGAAAGCCUUAGCCAUCGCCCAGUCGGGAACUCCUGGACCUGUUUUCAUAGAGUUCCCCAUUGACACGCUCUAUCCCUACCAUGUUGUGUCCAAAGAGUUUGGAGUUAAGAACCCUCCCAAAGGCCUGAUGGGCAAAAUUGUCUCAUGGCACCUCAAUAACCACCUCAUGAACCUUUUCGCUGGAGCCUGGGAGACCAGAGAUAUGUCUCCGCUUCCUGUUGACAUCCCACAGGCCACAGAUGAUCAGGUACAAAAGUGCAUAGAGCUGGUGAGUCGCGCCAAGAAACCUGUUAUUCUGCUGGGUAGCCAAGCAACACAACCCCCAACGCCAGCCAAUGACAUCAGGAAGGCAUUGGAGGACCUGGGUAUCCCAUGCUUCCUUGGGGGCAUGGCCCGUGGCAUGCUGGGUAAAGACAGCCCCCUCCACAUCAGACAGAACAGGCGAGAUGCUCUGAAGGAGGCUGACGUGGUGCUAUUAGCAGGCACUGUGUGUGACUUCCGGCUGAGCUACGGCAGAGUUCUCAACAGACGCAGUAAGAUCAUCGCUGUCAACAGAGAUAAGUUGCAGCUGAUGAAAAAUUCAGAUUUCUUCUGGAAACCAACUAUAGCAAUUCAGGGUGAUGCUGGUUCAUUUUUAGUGCGGCUUUCCAAUGGCCUGAAGGGCCAUCGCUGUCCAGAGGAAUGGACUCAGAGCCUCAAAGCAGGAGAUAUGACAAAAGAAAAUGCAAACAGGGCAAAGGCUGAUGAGAAGACCGAACGCCACUUAAAUCCCUUGAAAGUCCUCCAUUGUGUGGAUGAGCUGAUGGCGGAGGACAGCAUCAUUGUUGCCGAUGGGGGUGAUUUUGUUGGAAGUGCUGCUUACAUAAUGAGACCGAGAGGACCUAUGCGAUGGCUAGAUCCAGGAGCCUUUGGGACCCUGGGAGUUGGAGGAGGAUUUGCCCUGGGGGCAAAACUGUGCCGGCCUGAAUCUGAGGUGUGGAUAGUGUAUGGUGACGGCUCCUUAGGAUACAGUGUUGCAGAGUUUGACACGUUCACGAGACACAAGACACCAGUUAUAGCUGUGGUGGGAAAUGACGCAUGUUGGAGUCAGAUAUCCAGAGAGCAGGUUCCCAUCCUCGGCAGCAACGUGGCGUGUGGCCUUGCGUUUACAGAUUAUCAUAUAGUGACAGAUGGUUACGGUGGUAAGGGCUACCUUGUAGGGCGUGAGGAUGAGGACAGGCUAAGCGACAUCAUCAGGCAGGCUCAGAGGGAGACCCAGGAGGGCAAGGCUACACUUCUCAAUGUUCUGAUAGGGAAGACCAACUUUAGAGAGGGCUCCAUCUCUGUGUAGAGCAACUGUGAUUUCUUAAAAUUCCUUCCUUUACCUUUUGGCUCUUCAUAGACUUUACUAUCAGGCUCUAUGAGGGUUUUAGAAAGAAGGAAGAUACUGCUGGAUACUGAGUAGAGCACUGACCAGACCUAUGCUAAUCCUUUGUGCCCUUAAAGCCAUAUUUCACUUUGGUAAUAGAAAAUUACUUUACAGUAUGCUGAUCUCCUAUAAGACAUUUUGAACCAUUAUGUACUUCCCUCCUCUGACUAGUCAGAACUCAUACUAGUAAGACAUCGGCAAACACCAGAAUAAGGACUCGGGUAUUUUAAUAUCAGAGGGUGAUUGUUUCUACAGCUGCAGUCUCUGUUAUUUACUACUGUAUUACAUUCUACUUGAGUGAAGUACUACAACUAAAUAUUUUGUUGUGCCUCAUGCAACUUUCAGGUUCAUGUUGUGGUUAAUUGCUGCAUUUUAAAAAGGGAAGGAGUGAAAAUCCAAAACUCUUGUUUGGUUAAGGGAUUUUACCUCGUCAGGAGCUCAUGGUUAGACUUUUGACCAUUAAACAGCCUAUUUUAACUUACUUGCAAAUAAACCAGUGACUGAAAAUCAUAUGUAAGAGAGAGCAUUGCUGAAAGUGAUCCAAUGCAACCAGUAUGCCUUUUCUCCUGUUACUGAAUGAACACAAAGCCUUUUUCUGGGAAGACAUUCAACUUUACAGCUGUAAAGUUCUUUAUUGGUUGAUGAUUUGGGAUAAAAAUGUGUUAAAUGAAAAAAAUAUUUUUUGAAUGUUGAAGAUUGACAAAUUGUAUGCCUUUUAAUGUUUACGUCUUCAAAUACAUUGAUAUGUUUAGAUUGAACAUGUAACUGCUGAUUCAGUUAUGUAUUUGAAUAUUUAAAACUCACUUGUAUGCAUUGAUGUGGGCAUAUAAAUAUGCCUAUAUCCAAUAUGUAUUGCACUAUAAUUAUAAAUGAUUUACUCACCAAGUAAAAAUGUGUGGAUCAUCUCACUCCAAUAUAUAUUGCUGUUUCAUUUGGUACUUUGAGGAAAGUAUGUCAAACAUUUGAUCAUACAAUGUUAAUUUGGGUUCAUUCUCAAAUAAAUUGAAAAA